AUGUCUAAAGCUGCUAUGGAAUUUUUGAAACCUGAGAUUAAAUCCUAUAUCUGGCUAAGAACUAAAGAUGGAUCUAUCCAACAAGUGGAGGAGUCAUUAAUAAUGUUAAGCCCUGUGGUUUAUCAAGACAUAGUUGACAAUCAUAAGGGAUCUUCAAAAAAUUGUGCAAUAACUCUCCCAGAAUGUGUCACUACUAAAGUUUUAAAUUUGAUACUUCAUUAUUAUCGAUUCCACCAAGUAAAUGGGCGUUCUAAUAAGGAGCGUAUAACUUUUAACAAGAUAUUCUUUCGCAUGGAAAUACAAACACUACAUGAAUUGGCAUGUGCUACUGUGAGCCUUGAACUUUAUCCUUUGCUUCGUUUGACCUGUAAUGCAAUUUCUCGAGAAUUUCAAAGAAAAACUACCAAGGAAAUCCGCGAAACAUUUCAUAUUAAUGACCUCCCUGAGGAAGAAAAAAUGGAGCAUCUCAAACAUAUGACUAGUUAUCCACAUAUCCGACUUCAUAAAAAGUUAAAUGCUAGAAAGUUGCAAGAUAUGAAAGAGAAGAAAUUCAAGGAUGUUGAGGUUGGGCAAGAUAUCAAGGAAGAACCAUCUAUUGAUAAUAUCCUCUCAUUUGUUAAUGGCUCAAAUCAAGAUACAAGAGGAGGUAAUAGGAAUAAAAAGAAGAAUAAAAGGGGGAAAGACAAAGCAAAAGAUCAUCCAAAAAGUGCAAAUCAAUAUUACAACGAGGAGUUGGAAUGUUCUUCCGAUGAUUUAGAUCUUGCAUUAAAGGAGGAGAUUGACAGGUUAGAUAUAAAUGUGCUUCUAUUAGUUUUUAAACUUAUAAGAAUUAAACUCAAAGCUGGAUACAUGAUAAUAUAG